AUGGAUUUGAACUCUAAAGAUUCCUUCUACCCUCAGUUUGAGAAUUGUAACGGUUCUUCCCUGGGGAUGGAAAAUAGCGCUCGGAAAGAUACCCAGGAGAUGUUUUCGGACGCAGAGAGAGGAGCACCUGCCCAGUUUACCCAUGAGGGAGCACCUGUAACCCUGAAAACCGAGGCCUCCAACUCAGAUUUCGCCUUUAAUCCCUGCGAGGCGCCCAAAGGCAGCUACUCCUCCUCCCUCGCCUACUCAGGCAGCUUCUAUGUGGAGGCGACUCAGGGGGGGCCGUGCAGCACAGAGACAUUGCUCAACAUGAUCACAGAAAUUGUCGGUAUUUCUACGUUACCAAUCUCCGAAGUUCAACUGAGCACCAUGGACAGCAGCAGCUUCGGCGACGCCGGCGUCCAGAGGCAAUCCUCCACCUGCAGCGCCACCCCGCCCCUGUACUCUCCGGGGCAGACAUGUCCCAGCUACCCCGACGGUCAAUCCGGCGGCCAAGCUCAAGAUUCAGCCUCUCCCCAGGUGAGCUUCGGCUCCCCAGCUCAAGUCCGAAACCAGAACAGCACCACCGAGCCACAAGAUGGAGUUCAAAGUUGA